CUUUGACAUCAGGCGGGGGUGGUAUAAAGCGCUUUCAAGCGCCCUGUUUCUUUUGCACUUUCCCACCUUAGCACUGACACAUACACACCUCUAUACACCACUCGAACUACUCUCAGCACCCACACACCUCUCUACACAACUGCCGCCAAGACUUGCUGCCAAGGAGCCGACUCCCGUCCCAUACAAUACACCCACCAUACAUACACCACUAUACAAUACUCCCACCAUACAUACACCACCAUACAAUACACCCACACAGUGGGAAGGAGCACGUGUCCUCAGCACCCAGGGACCCAUACACCACCGCCACCGUGGAGCCCACCGAGGAGUCUGGCUUGUACACCAUGAGUGGCCUGAAGCCAGAGACUGAGCACAAUAAUAAUAAUAUAGAGGAGGAGGUACGAACUCUAUUUGUUAGUGGGCUCCCUAUUGACAUCAAACCCAGGGAACUUUACUUGCUUUUUCGACCAUUUAAGCCAGUUGGCUUUGUCACAUUUGAUAAUAGGGCAGGAGCUGAAGCUGCAAAGAAUGCCUUAAAUGGCAUCCGGUUUGACCCAGAGAACCCACAGACCUUACGGCUAGAGUUUGCCAAGGCCAACACAAAGAUGGCUAAGAACAAACUAAUGGCUACACCAAACCCCACAAACCUCCACCCUGCACUUGGAGCACACUUCAUUGCACGAGAUCCAUAUGACUUAACUGGGGCUGCGCUAAUCUCGGCUUCACCAGAGGCUUGGGCUCCCUACCCACUGUAUACUGCGGAACUUGCUCCAGCCAUCCCACAUGCUGCUUUCACAUACCCUGCUGCUGCCGCUGCUGCUGCACUUCAUGCCCAGAUGCGUUGGUAUCCUCCAUCUGAAGCAACCCAGCAGGGAUGGAAGUCUCGUCAGUUUUGUUAGAACUCUUGGGUUCCUUUAUAAUUUUUUUUUUUUGAGGAUUUCAUUUUGCACUCUCCAUGAACUGAUGUGCCAACUAGUUUUAGUCGAUCUAACCCAUGGACCAGUCAUCCAACAUUAAGAUGUUUUGGUCCACUCCUUUAUUCUUCAAUACAUCGGACUGAUUCAGCUACAUCAAAGAAAAAGACUGCAUAGGUUAAAAUGAGCAUGGCUGUUGCCGUACAAAAUAAUGUACCAUUCAUUGGUGGGCAUGGGAGGGUUUGCAUGUUUUCUAGCAUGAAUUAAAUGUCUACUUGAUGUAAAUGUUACAUAAGGUUAGAGGUAAAAAUCAUUUUCAGGAUUAGCUUUUUGCUUCUGUAGAAGCUUGGUAUUUCCCAAGCUUCCUUCUACUAAACCGUUAAAUUGCACUGUUCCCCACCCACCAUCUUCAGUUUUCAUGUCUUUAGUUUUGUCCUUUCAUUUUCAUUGGAGAGUUUUUGUUCUUGCCAUGUGUAAUGCAACCUUAAUGGGAAACAGAGCAAAAGUACCAGUAUUUUUGUAACAUGUUAAUAAGGAGAUAUUUAUGCAUUUUUUGUUGGUUUUUUUUGUGUGAUAAUUAAAGAAUAUAUUAAAUCUAUAAGUUAAUGUUAUGAAGCUUGCCGAUUCUGUAUGGUUUGUCUGCUGUACUUUAUGAACAAUUGUGCAACUUUUGUGUUCCAUUUUGCAUUCUGCCUGAUAUUUCAGUAUUAUGAAAGAUGUCUUGCCGGUACAGAGAUGAAUUUUCUCUUGCUGAAUUUAUGAGAAUGUGAUAAUGGAUUAAAAAAUAUAUACAA